UAAAACAGUGGGGGUGUCCCGUGUAUACGCUGCUCUUGAAACUGCACUUUUCCACCUAUAGCCUCGUACAAGGUCCAUAAUGUGGUUGCAGCAGACGAACGUACUGCGACGGCCAGAAUUGGCUGGUGAACGAAGAGUUCAAAGGUCAGGCAGCAGGAGCAGCACGUGCCACGCACCGCGUGUAGCGUGUCACGGGCUUCGAACGUUCGCAGCUGCCAGGCACGAGCGCACGGACAAGCACAGCAGCAGCCGAGCUCCGGCACAGGCGAGUCCGGUGUCAAGCGCGGUGGCAUGCUCGUACGGCUCGGUCUUCUGCUCUGCGUUGCAGCGGCUCUCGCCAAGCGCCACCGACCCGCGGUCGUAGAGCUCGCGUCGAGGGGGGAGGAGCCUCGCGUCCCAUCGGACGCCAUCGGUGACGUCGCGCUGCGAGACCGGCUCGAGACUGUCCACCGGGCGAGGUUGGCGCGUCUCCUCAGACUGCGCCGCCAGCAGCAGCAGCAGCGGCCGGACUCUCCAGAGCCUCGGCAGCGACCCGUGCCUGUGGCGCAUGGCGGCCCGAACGCGCCCUUGGAGGCGCCUGCGGGAGCUGGCGGCGGGAGACGCGACUACGACGACGACAAUGAUGACGACAGCAGCGGCGACGACGGCGACACUCUGUACGCCGACGAGGAGGAGGAGGAUCAGAGCGGUGGAAUGCAUGGCGGUGUUGGAAGAGGAGGAAAGCAAGGAGACGGACGAUCCGGUGGACGGGUCGGGAGCAGUCACCGGGAUCCCUACACUGAUGUCGGAGACGACAACGACGACUACAGCUAUGACCACAACGACAACAAAGGAAGAGGACCCAAGGGACUCUCCGGGGGAGAACUGGAAGGUGUGAACGGGAGAGGCGGACCCGGCGGUUCCCGGGAUGACCAGAGGCUGCGACGACGCAUGGACUGCAUUGCGGACCGUGUAAACCACUGCAUCGAAUGGUGCCGCCUGAAACCCACCGACACCCGCCUCCGUCAAAACCGGGACAACGAACCUUGCCGCUACUGGAAGGGGGACUCAAAAAACAAGUGGAUGCAAAGCGGAAUCUGCCACAACGGGAGGUGUGCCUGAUCAGGUGGCACCCAGAUGACAAAAAAAAAAAACUUUUUUCUUUCCUUGUUUUCUUGUUCUUUUUCGCAAGUAAACAGA